AUGUCCAUCAUUCUAUAUGACAUACCUUCCACUCUACCGGACAAGGCCUGGACGUACAACGUCUGGAAGGCUCGGCUCAGCCUCAACUUCAAAGGCAUUCCCUAUAAGACGGAGUGGGUCGAACUACCUGACGUUGAGCCACUGUUUGAGAAGUUAGGAGUUCCCCCAGCCAGUAAGAAACCAGAUGGAAGUCCCCGUUACACGGUUCCUGCAAUUCACGACCCAAGCACUGGUGUCUACAUUUCCGAUUCAAUCCUCAUAGCACAGUAUCUGGAUAAAACUUACCCUGAUAAGCCACUGCUAUUUCCAAAUGGCACAUUGGCAAUCCAAUCCGCACUCAACGACGCCAUAUACCAUAACGUUAAGAGCGUUUUCCCUGCCAUACUUCCAACCGUGCUCACCAAGCUGAACCCUGUAAGCUCAGCAUAUAUGAUCAACAAACACGGCUCCUCCCUUCCCACUUCUUUUGCAGAAAAUUGGAAAGCCUUCAAGGACGGGUUGGAUCAAGUAGAUGCUUGGUAUUCCAAAAACGAAAAGAAAGGCAUAUUUCUGUUGGGCGAUGUUCCUUCAUGGGCCGAUAUAGUUCUAGCCAGCUUCCUGGUCAACGUCAGGAAAAUAUGCGGAGAGGAGAGUGAUCAAUGGAGAGAGGUGGAAUGGUGGAAUGGUGGUCGUUGGAAAGUUCAUAGUGAAUAUUUCCAAAAUUUUGAGACCGUUGUCUAA